AUGGACGAAGCCAAUUCCCUCAAGCAGUCGGCCAGCCGGUUCGAUAACCUCGACCCGCACAACUUGGAUGCGACAGCGAGGCUCUAUUCUUCGGCGCUCGCCGUGUCGCCGCCCUAUUCGGACCUCAGCCUCGACGAGAAGCUGCGAAAGAUUGGACGGCCCUUGAAGUCUUUGCCACGAAGAGCGUCAAGCGGAAAGUCUCCCAUACAGGAACGCGGGCUGCCCGCCCUAAGGCAGGAUGAUGGCGACGCAGCGCCAUCGCCAUCGUCAAGCGUGCCGUUGCAGGGCUCGCGUUCGCCACGGACCCGACAGCAAGGGAUGGCAGCCGCAGAAGGGGAUGCGGCCGAUCUGAGCGGCAACUCGCACCCUUCCCCUGCCACCCCGACACACGUCCCCACUCUUUACCCGGACGGCUUCGAUAAGGCAGCUUCGCGCACCGCCGAAGAGGCUCUCGUCGACCAUCUGUCGGAAGCCGUGCUGCGGGCCAACCUCGACACCGACGAACGGCCCAGCGCGGCCGCCGAGACGGCGAACUUGGCCGCCGCGGCCACCGAAUCGGACCCGACGACCUUCAAGUUUACUGAUCUGCCAGUGUCGGUGCAGAACCAGGGCUUCUACUACCGGCAGCGCAUGGCGCAGAUCGUCCUCUCCUGCGCCGACGAGGCAAAGGCCGCUCACUUCGCCCUCAUGAGCCGGUACUACAUGAAGCCUUUCGAGCAGCAGGCCGGCCCACCCCCGGCUCCACCGGUUGAGAGGGCCAACAGGAUCCAGGAGGUGGCUGCCUCGACUGUAUCGGGCGACGACUGCUGCGGCGACGACAGCGAUGGCGCAGACGACUCGGGAGCCGAGUUCGCCUGGCUGGAGAACACGGGCAACAAGAAGAAGCGGAAGAAUGCGCGGUCUACCGAGAGCGCCGAGAUGGCCUCGGCCCAUGCCAUGAGUUCCCUCUCGUCCGCAGCUGCUGCCGGCCUGCCGGCAGCCAGCGCGCCACCAGCUUCGACGACGAACCGCUCGACACUUUCCGGCGGCGCUGGCGAGGGCCUCGGACUCGGCCAGGCCCUGCUACCAUCCGAUGCCAGCUCCAGGUCUGCGCCCUACCUUCCCAUCGCCAGCAACGACGAGUACGAGCGAGGCUUCGAGCGGUUUCCGACCGCACGCGAGGCUGAUACGUACGCGCCCCUCCGGCAGAUGCCAUACAAGCUGAGGAUACCCUACUCGAGCCGCGCCAAGGCGUUGCUAAGGGAGAGGCUGCGGGCCUACUUCCGACGGGUCCGUGCCCAGCGAGCGCGGCAGCGAGAGGAGGAAGAUGAGGCAGCCAGACAAGCCGAGGCGCAAGAGCUGGCAGAGGAAGCCGAGAGGCAGGCGCGGCUAGCGGCCGAACGGAAACCGCAGAAGCGUUUGACAAAGGCAGAGAAAAAGGCACAGGCGCGCCGAGGCGGUGCAGGCGGGCCCAAACCCAUGUCAAUUGCAGCUAUCAAGGCGGCGCGCAGCGACGCAAGCCAAGCUCAGGGUCUGACGCAGCCGGCCCAGGGCUCGGAGGCCCCCGACGGCGCAGCCUCCGGCAACAAGCAAGCGGACGCGCAGGCCCAGGCGGUGGAAUCGGGCCCAGCCGGCGGGCAGCCGGGCGAGGGCAUCAAGAAGGCGGACUCGGAAGACGAAGUGGAACUGCUGCUGGGUUCGCGGGCGGCCCAUGGUCUCGUCUCGCACGUCGACGCCCCGCGAAGCAGUUUCGACUUCAACGUACGCUCGCCCAUCGCGGACAGCCUCGAGGCCCUGCGGGCUUCGAUGAGCGCCGUCUCGCUCCAGAUCAACAGCUCGCUCGGGCCACUCGGGCCCCUGGAUGGCACGCUUGCCGACGUCAUGGACAAGGCCGCACGCGAGGGCAGCGCCGACCUCGCUCGCAGGAACCCCUCGGAGCCGUACAAGAGCCUUCCCGCCUCGAGGUCUGCCUCGUCGACCAUUGCCCGUGCCGGGACUCCCUCGACCGCCCCACGCACCUCCUCUACGCCGACACCGAACCGAGGAUCGGCGCCGUCAAGUGCGACAGCGGCGGGUGCGACGGCGGUCAGGCAGACGCCGGCGAGCGCCUCGAACCCGAGCCCAAACGUCAAGGCGCGAGCACAGUCGACCAGCCACAGCCACAACGCCGCCGGCGCCAGCGCCGUUGCCGGUACAAGCAUCAGCUCCGGCGUUGGUCCGACCACGCAAACAGCGACGUCGCCCCCCCUGCACUCGCCGCCGCCCAAAAUGACGCGGCGGAAGAAGGCGACCAUGAACAACGUGCACCACCGCGCCAACUACGUGCCCUCCCGCAUGCCCUCGGACGGCCCUCGCAACGGCGGCAAGGCCCACGGCGAGAAGGAGCAGCCGCCCGGCCUCGACCACCCGUCGACCACCUGUGGCCUCUUUGACGGCGAGUGGAUGUGCGUGUUCUGCGAGUACGAGCUGCUCUACGGCGAGCCGCCGUUGAUGUUCAGGGCCUGCCGCAGCCGCAAGAAGAUUGUGGCCAACCGCAAGCGGGCGCAGGCGAGGGCGAGGCGCGCAGCUGAGGGUGGCUCCACAACGGCGACUGCCGGUGGAAGUCACCAUCACCACCACCACCAGUCCCACCAUCACAACCACCCGCACACGGACCAUGCGCACGACAGCUACGAGACACCCAGAAGGAAAGCAGGUAGUGGCAGCGGCGGUACCAAGAGCGCUCAUCGCUCGUCGCGGACCUCCCAGUCGAAUGCGAGGGAGAGGUGCUCGUGCGGCAACUCGAUCCACGAGUCGGACGAAGGCUCGUCUGCCUAUACGCACUCGACCCCGGGCUCGCCGCUGAUCGAGGCGAGCAGGAACGGUGCGCAUGCCGGCCACUAUCACGACGAUGGCCAUCACCACGACGCUUACUACCAGGACAGCCACCACCACAACGGCUACGGCCAUGGGCACGACGACGCGACCCACUCGCCGUCUUCAGAGCAUCGCCAUCGGCAAGAGGCAGCGCCUAGUGGCAGCGGCGGCGUCGGCGGCAGUGUCAAGAGCAACGGCAAGGCCAAAGCUGCCCCGCCGGCUCCCGCCUUUGAUCCCAACGACUACGCCUCAGUGUUUGCCGCCAUGACCAAGGACAAGGCGAGUCAGGCGGCCAUUGCGCGCUACAUUGCCAGCGGCGGCAAGACUACGCCUCCGCCGGUGAUGUUGCCCUCCCGCUGA